AUGUUUUACAUACAGGUGCAUGUAUCAGACAUGAACAUGUUCGUGAUUGUGGUACUGAUUUGUUCUGUCUGCAUAACAAACUCAACCCUUCCCCUGAUGCUGCCGUCCGCUCAUCCAGGCUUGCCUUCACCUGGACAAGUGGUCGAUUCUUUACUACGUGGAGUUGGAACAGUUGCAGCAGGUGUGCUUGGCGGUAUCGGAAAUGCUGUGGGAGGUUUGGUGGCACCAAGGAGGAAUGCUACCAGGAGGACAUCAGCAGAAUGA